UCAUAUUUUGUAGACUUGUAAUUAUUGUAAUAAGUAUUAAUUAGUAUAAUAAUAUAUUAUGAAAUUAGUGCCAAUUUUUUCAUUAAUGGUGCUGACUGUUAGUGCCAUGCCCAAUGGCCAGGCACCUGAGGGUCAAACCUGGGUAGUACUGUGCUCGGGUGGUAUUGGCUGGAAAAAUUACGCUAUCACGGCCAAUGUGUAUCACGCUUACCAAACUAUCAAAAUGCAAGGUAUCCCGGAUAAAAAUAUUAUUAUUAUGCACUACGACGACCUGGCUAAUUCACCGGAGAAUCCGACACCCGGGGUCAUUGUCAACGAGCUGAAUGGCACCAACGUCUAUAAGGGUGUACCCAAGGAUUACGUAGGCGAUGAUGUCACACCACAUAAUUUUUUAGGAGUUAUUAGUGGAGACCCGGCAUUGGAAGCAAAGGGUAAACGUGUGGUCAAGAGUGGACCGAAAGAUAAUAUUUUUGUGUUUUUUAUGGACCACGGUGUACAGGGUGCGGUGUUGUUCCCCAAGGCCUAUUUAUUUGCCGAUGAUCUCAACAAUAUGCUUAAGAAAAUGAACAUGGAGCAAAAGUUUGCCAAACUUGUUUUCUAUUUGGAAGCGUGCAUUUCUGCUGGUUGGUUCACCAUGAACUGGAUGUUUGACAUGGAGCAUAUUGACCCGCAAGUGGAGCUCCUUGAUAGACAGUACAAAUAUAUUGCUGAGCACAAUAAUAUAACCUUGUUCAAUGCGACAUUCUUUCAGCACGCGCAACAUUAUGGUGAUUUGAAAAUCGCCCAGCAACAUAUUUCAGACUUUUUGGGUACUAAGAAGGUGCCAACUACCGGUGCCAAUAGUGUAGUAGUGCAUAAGAAUGCCGAGUUUGUGAAUUUUCGGGACAUUCCCAUAAAAUUGACAGAAAAGAACAUUCAGUCAACUAAUGAUAUCAAUGAGAAGCAAUUAUAUGUGGAUGAAUUAUCUCAAUUACUGAAGGGUCGCCAAUACGUUGACCAACAUUUGCGCGCAUUUGUGGAUAGCGUGCACCACAUGACCCGUUUGGACACCAAUGCUCUGUUGAAUAGCAAACUCGAGUUAUCCGAAGACAUGACUUGUUAUAAGAAGUUUGUCGACAUCUUCCACGAUAAGUGUUUCAAUAUGAACAAGAAUACCUAUGCAUUCAGCAAGAUCUAUGUGUUUAACAACAUUUGUAAUCAAAUGAUCAAUGACAAUCAUGUCAAUGUUGCCGUUGCCUUUUUGGAGCAGUAUUGCACACAGAAUGGUGUAUCAGGGUACAUGUCAAACAUUGAAUAAAUCUAUAAC